AAGAACAUGGGUUUCCUGAAAGAGUGGCGACCGUUCCUCCCUCCCUAACUCUCACUUUAGCCUUCCACUCUCGAGCUGCACUCAGCGCUCUUUGCUACUUGUGCCUGACACAGCCCUCUCUUGUAGCGAAACUACUUGUUCUCUACUGCAUUUCGUCUUGGACCCGUCCUUCAGGCCAUUCCUGAUCUCCCCUUCCCGUUGGAUCUCCAUCUCUACCAGGAACCUUCAGAUUGAGGAGUGGAGCUAGUACAAGAAGAUAACCAGUCCAGCUGAGCUGGCUCACGGUUUUCACGAUCAUUGACCCCCCUAAUGACCGCGCUCAGUCUGAUGGCAGUUAGAAACAAUGCUGUCCGGUACCGUGCUGCCGCGGACAUCCUCCUAUUCGCACUUAUCGUGGUAGCAGCAGUGGCUGAAGCUCCAUCCGCAGAUCCCAAUGCAACCUCUGAGGAAGACAGAUGGGUUCACGCAUCCCGUGCACUUCCAUUUCAUUUGUUUGUGAAAAGCACCCUCCACGUCAACAGCAAGUUUCUCGUUGUGGAUCAAGCCCCCGACGUCAAGUACCACAAUGGACCCAUUUUGACAGGAGAUAGGAGAUCUACCCUCAAAGUGCAUGUGGUGUUCUACGGAUCUUGGAGCCGAGCCCAAAAGGCUAUCAUUCAAUCGUUCUUGAGCUCUUUCUCUGCUCCUAAGGCAGCGAGGAAUUUUCCAACUGUCCAGGGAUGGUGGGCAAUCACCAGGGGAUUCAAGAAUACCAGGAAGGUGUCUGUCGCGCCGUAUGUUGUACUCGGUAGCCAGGUUCACGACUGGAAAUACAGUCUAGGUAAGAGAUUGAAGCAGACAUACAUCGAGAAGCUAGUGGUUUCAUCACUUAAGAAUGGGUUGGCGCUUGACGCUUCUGGUUUGUAUAUCGUUCUCACUUCUCAGGAUGUUAGCGUCCAAGGAUUUUGCAGCUCCUUGUGUGGCACUCAUUCCGUUAUCCCUGCACAAACGCUCAGCAAAAUGAACAAGCUUCCAUAUGUGUGGGUUGGUAACUCAGCCAAGUUCUGUGGUGGAUACUGCGCAUGGCCGUUUUUUAAGCCAUUGCCAGGAACUGGAUUUGAUGUUCCCCCGUUGAAAUCCCCUAAUGGUGACGCGGGAGUGGAUGGAAUGAUCAUCAACAUUGGAGCCAUGAUUGCCGGCGCUGCCACUAACCCUUACGGCCGCGGGUACUUCCAGGGCGAUCCCGCAGACCCUCUGGAGGUUGCAGGAGUAUGCGCAGGAAUUUAUGGAGCUAACUCUUUCCCUGGAAUGCCCGGGGACCUCCUCAAGGAUUCUCGCGGUGCUAGCUUCAAUGUGUACGGUGCUAACCGCCGUAAAUUCCUUGUGCCAUGGAUGUACAGUCCAAGGACCAAGCAGUGCGCGGGUCAGGCAUAACUUGCUCCCCACAAUAAUACGACGCGUGAUUCGACCGACUAAUGCUUUCGUUUGCCUUCUUGGUGACCCAAGGCGUUCUGCGCGCCACAAUUUAGUCCUGGUGAAUGGCAUGUGUAGAUUUGUUAACAAUCCACUACAAUUUUUCUUUUUUCUCUUUUUUUUUUUUUUUUUUUUCAUCUCUGUCCCCCCCUCCCCCCCAAUGUGUACACGCUUGGAAGUAGGACUAUUACUUGGUGUUCGCCCUUAGCAAGUGUGGGCUGGCUAUUUUGCUAACUUCCCCACAAAGCAAGACUGGACUACUCUUAGCCGUUUCCAUUAGAAAGACCUGGCUGAUUGUCGCCUGUCCAAUGUGAAACGCUGUCAGAUCAAUGCAUAGUGAACUCUCUGCAAGUUGAUGCAAAGCAUACUCUGCGCAAGAGCAAAUCAUGGUUUCCUUAAGUAAUAAUUAUUCGAUGCGUUAUGCAUCAAACUACAAACCUA